AUGGCCAGUGCGGUAAUGACGGCCGCGAUCCUUUGGCUAACUUUGGUAACCAGUUUGUCCAAUGCCCAUAACGACGAAAUGCUCACAGCCAAGGGUGCCCAAAUGUUCGGAGCCGUUCAGCAGCUGACCAAGGAUGCCUUGAACAGUCAGCAUGCGAAAACAAUAAUCAAAAAUGCCCUGCAACAUCUAGCUAAGGAGAGGGAGGAUUCCUGUACAGAAUACAAGCAUAUCCGGACGCUGCGAGGCACGCGACAGGUCGUCAACGGAAUCCUCUACAAAUUUGUUGUGGAAAUUGAGGCCGUGCCCAGAGAUAACUGUGCGUCAGCCCCUGCAGGUCCCCUGCCAAAGCAGACCGCACGUGAGACCUAUGAGAUCACUCACCUAGAUCGUGGAUCUGCAGGUGGUGAACCACACUUCGAUUUUGAGAAAGUUGAGUUGUGA